UUAAGUUAGCCAGAGAAGGAACGACACAUCUGGUUGCACAAAACACAUUUUCUAAGCCUGUGCAGAUGUUUAUUGUAUUCGUCUCGGCUUCGUCCUCGAAUAACUCGCAUGAAAACGAGCAUUUGUAGGAAGUAAAGAAAGUAGCUUCUCAGUGAACGGUACCGCUGCGCGCGCAUUUACAUUUUUACGACGGAAGUGCAACGGCUGAAACCCAGAGGAAAGCGACAACGGGAGUGAAAACGAAGCGGAAUUAGUCAAUGAGAGGGAGGAGAGAGCGAGAGAAAAGGAGUGUGUGCGACAGCCGACAGGGAGGCUGCAGGACGCUGGGGCCGAGGAGGACGUGGCGAGUCCGGCAGGGGUUUGAUGAGGGUUCAGCUUACGGCGCGUUGAUGGCCGCAAAAAAAGCAAUGAACAGGAGCCAGGGGAAUCACCGUUGUUCCUAACCCAGGCCAGAGGUUGUCAAAGUUGACAAUCCCCAAUCAGGAAUCCCGCUUUUAUUUGUGUGAAAGUAAAGUAUAAUACUCAUAACAGAAGCUUCGGUCGGCCGGUGGAGUAGUUUCCACCAGGAUGGCAGAGUUGGAGACAGAAUGCAUCACUUUAGGACUAAACAAUUUGGUGUCGGAGUGCGGCACGCCGCCGCCGCUUGACCCUUUACAAGCAGAGUGCACCACGCCAACCCUGACCAUGCUGUCGUCAGAAUGCAGCACGCCGACGCUCAGCUCGCUGGCCUCCGAGAUCGUGGAGCCCUUGGCUAUGCUGCCAUUCAUCAAAAGUGAGCCCGACCUCGACCCCAUCUGCACGGUUGACUUGUCCGUGAUCCAGCCACUAAGCACGGCCGAGCUCGGCUCCGAACAGAUCAAGAUGGAGAUCAGCGGCCUGGACUACAUCAAAUCGGAGCACCACAGCGACCUCCAUUCCUUCCACAGCACGGAGCUGGACUCCUACAAGUCACACUACGAACCCAGUCUGGUGUUCGACUACAUCACUCACGUCUCAGACAGCUUGGAGUACAUCAAGUCAGAGCAACACUCGGACCUCCACAGCUACUACGCCAGCGAGCUCGGCGCCAUCAAGACCGAGUACGAGCCUAACCUCAUGUCCAGCCACAUCAAGACCGAGAUGAACGGCUUGGAGUCCAUUCACAUGGCGGAGCUGCGCACCGAACUCAACAAGCUCCGGCCCGAAACCGUAAUCGACGGCAUGGGAAAAAUGGACUCGGAUUUCCAAUCGGGAAACCUUUACGAACUGACGUCCGUCCAGGUGAGCAAAGCAACUGGCGCACACAACCAAACCAGCACAAAAGGCCAUGCGCCGACUCCACGUAAACCUCGCAACCUCACAGGUGAGAAGCCAUUCUCCUGCACUCAGUGCGGAAAGAACUUCAGCACCCUCGGUAACCUGAAGACUCACCAACGCAUCCAUACCGGCGAGAGGCCUUACACCUGCUCCCAGUGUGGGAAGAGCUUCGGGCAGGCCGGUAACUUGAAAAGGCACCAGCUCAUUCACACGGGGCAAAAACCUUACACUUGCGCGCACUGCCCGAAGGGUUUCACCAAAGCGGAUGAUCUGCGCUCGCAUCAGCGACUGCACACGGGCGAGAAGCCGUUCAGUUGCGCCGAGUGCGGUAAGAGCUUCGGCCAAACGAAGGAACUCAAAGCCCACCAGUUGAGCCACACAGGAGAGCGGCCCUUUUGCUGUUCGCUGUGUGGCAAGAGCUUCACUAAAGAGUCAAGUUACCGCAAUCACCAGCAAAUCCACACAGGCGAGAAGCCCUACAGCUGCUCCCAGUGUGGAAAAACAUUCAGCAAUUCAGGGGUCCUCAGAACACACGAGAAGAUUCACUCCGGGGAAAAACCAUUCGGCUGCACCCAGUGUGGCAAAAGUUUCGGUCGCUUGGGACAUCUUAAAGCACACCAGCAAAUUCACACGGGCGAACGGCCGUACACUUGCCAGCAGUGUGGGAAGAAUUUCAGCCAAUCAGGUCAUCUCAAAGCACACGAGCAGAUUCAUAAAAGAGAACAGCCCGAUCUUAGCAGUGGCAGCAGUGGCAGUAACGAUAGUAGCUAAAAGAAACCUCAUUGUGUCUCAAAAGUAUUCCUUUUUUUUUUUUUUUUAAUUUCUUUUUUCUAUAAAAGCUACAAUAUAUAUAAAUAUAUUAUAAAAUAUAUAUGUUUCAUUAUGUUUUCAUACCUUACGUCUCCUCUCCUUUUCUUAAUCUUUUCUUUUGGGUACAUUUGUGACUGAUUUUCUCUUAUGAAAGUCUCUCUGUUUGGGAUCAGUGAGCUUACAGAGUCUUUGUAUCUUGUCUGAUCUGUGUCGUAGUGAGUGCCAUUCUAGUUUCUUUCCUCCAGUAAAAUACUCAGUGUACACGUUUUAUUGCUAAUAUGUAAUUCUUAAACCAUGUACUGGAAUGAAUUAUUAAAGAAACUAAUGUAAAAAAACAA